AUGGCACUGGCACCUAGCUCGCCGAGGCUGCCCAGCCCUCCGCCAGCUGCCGAGAUACAAAUGACCCCGAACUCACCGUCUGGCGGCCCAGCUGCGACACUCGAAACGACACAAAUGGAACAAUCUCUCCUCGAUGCCAACUCCAAAAGAAGGAUACAUCCUGGUACAAAGGCUGCCGAUAUGGCGGCUGGUCCGCCACUGGUGCCUCUGAGCGAGUUGGAAUCGGCAUUUUCACUACAGGAGCACCUCGCUGCUCUGCAUUAUGACCUCACAGCGCAGGGCACUCGAGCACUGACGCGAGCGACAGCCCAUCAAAUUGCGCAACCUCCCACCGGUAUCGAUCGAACACUGUGGCUCUACGAGCUUUGCCGAUUCCUCAUCUCGCAAUGCAACACCCUUAUUGUCGGAUUUUUGUUUGAUACACCGCCCUGCAGUGCUGCAACGUGCCCUGAGAUGCGCGCGUCCGAGUGGCAGUUUCUCUGUGCCGUGCAUGAACAGCCCAAGAGCUGCUGCGCAAUCGACUACUGCUGCCACACUCUCGACUGGGCUGCUAAUGUAGUAUCGGAUCAAAACAUCUUCCCGAGUCGAUUUGUGAUACUGAACGACACGCAAAGCAAAAACGUGGGCCUGAAAAACCUGGUCAACGUUUUUCGUCGUUUGCACCGUAUCUUUGCGCACGCAUGGUUCCAGCAUCGCAGUGUGUUUUGGGCAGUUGAAGGACAGAGCGGGCUCUAUGUCUUGUUCAAAACAGUAUGCGAUCUCUAUGACUUGCUGCCGGCCGAGAACUACAAGCUGCCGCCUGAGGCAGAGGGUCUCGAGGCGCCGGAAUCUGAUUCCGAGCCAGUAGCGAACAGGUCGCCGUCCGCGCCGACAGCCCUACCGAGAAUCUAUCCCAGAAUCCUGAAGCCAAGCUCGCCACCACAGCAAAGUGCAAGAGGUACAACGAGUCCUGAAGACAACUUGCAGUCCCAUGGGCAGACCACAACGAGGCGGCAUAUUAGAAGUAGCCCUUCGACAGGCAGUGCCGUGAUGACCGUGAUGGAGACGGACGAGGAGGAGGCCGACGGAUUGACACGAGGACUGGAUGGCAUGCAUCUGGCCGCCCCACCGCCACCAAACCUGUCUCUCUUUGCAGAUGAACCCGAGAAUGCAGAAGUGCCCGCUGCCGUGAAUGAGGCACUGGAUGGCAAACCAAUGGCACAAUCAACUGAGACAUUUAAGGCUGAUGAUAAGUCGGAGGAAGCCAACGAGGCUGCCGCAAAAAGCGACACUAGCGAAGAGCCAAAGGCAGGGUCGGCAGUUGUUGAAAAGAACGCUAAUGUGGCCGAGCCCACCGCCGAAGGACCCUCCACACCAGCAACGCAAGACAGCGAAUUGUCUCCAGUCCCUUCAAGAGAGGCAGAACCAGCAGUCGAGAGCGCGGACGUUAUUUCUGCUGACCGUGAGGUGCCAUUGACCGACCAUUCGGGUGCAGAUGCACCGGUCGGGCAGGAAACCGAGACGACUAACGAAGCAGCGGACACUUCAAAGCCGAGUGAGAGCGAUGACGCUGGAUCGCCGGAAGGCUCCUCCACGACAGAGACGACACCAUCGACCACAGCCACGUCGACAGAAGAAGCCGCAAAAGAAGGGCAGUAA